AAUCAUGUUUUGGCAGGCAGAGGUAUGUGAAUGUGGUGCGCAUGGUGCUUCUUCGUCGUCGUCUUCUUCUUCUUCUUCUCAUCAUUUCACUGACAACGCAACACAACUAACCACCUCACUCCUUCAUUCAUUCAUCCUUCCAUGGACGCCAAUAAUUCGGCUUCAGAUCCCAACAUCACGAGCCCGUUGCUAUCCAAGCACCAUCCUCAUCAUCCUCCUGCCUCCUCCGCCGCCGAGAACGGUGGCCGGAGAUCUCGUCUUAGUCGCCGCAACUCCGUCAACUCCCUCAGAACCGCUUUUCUCUCCAAGAUUCCUGACAAGGUCCGAUCUUCCCUCGACGCCGAGUCGCUCUCCAACCUUAAUCUCUCUCUCUCCACCGCCUUAACUCCAGGGGAGAAAGAGUAUUAUGAAAAGCAAAUUGCUACUCUCAAAUCAUUUGAUGAAGUCGAUGCCAUAGUGGCAUCUGACAGCAACAUUAUUGAGGACACUGAUGAUGAGGAACAGCUUCAACAAGAAAGAGCUAUGAGGAUUUCCAAUUAUGCAAACAUAGUUCUAUUGAUACUAAAGAUUUAUGCCACAGUGAGGAGUGGAUCAUUAGCUAUUGCAGCAUCAACAUUGGACUCUCUGCUUGAUCUCAUGGCAGGUGGAAUACUUUGGUUUACUCACCUCUCAAUGAAGAACAUAAAUAUCUACAAAUAUCCAAUUGGAAAGUUGAGGGUGCAGCCAGUUGGCAUAAUUAUCUUUGCUGCUGUCAUGGCAACACUUGGCUUUCAGGUGUUAAUCACAGCUCUAGAAGAACUAAUACGAAAUACUCCUAAUGACAGGAUGACUGAAGAACAAUUGAUCUGGUUGUAUUCUAUUAUGAUAUUUGCAUCGGUGGUGAAGCUUUUCCUCUGGCUUUACUGUAGAACAUCACGGAACAAGAUUGUCCGUGCCUAUGCGGAUGAUCACCACUUUGAUGUUGUGACAAAUGUGGUUGGACUAGUUGCAGCUGUUCUUGGUGAUAAGUUUUACUGGUGGAUUGAUCCAAUUGGCGCUAUUUUACUUGCACUUUACACCAUUACAAAUUGGUCCCGCACUGUUAUGGAAAAUGCAGUUUCCCUAGUGGGACAAUCUGCCCCACCUGAAUUUUUACAGAAGCUAACAUAUCUUGUUAUAAGACAUCCUCAAGUUAAGCGAGUUGACACUGUCCGCGCAUACACAUUUGGUGUUCUAUAUUUUGUGGAGGUUGAUAUUGAACUGCCAGAGGAAUUGCCAUUGAAAGAAGCACAUGCCAUUGGAGAGACACUACAGAUAAAGCUCGAGAAGCUUCCAGAAGUCGAGCGCGCAUUCGUUCAUCUAGACUUCGAAUGCGAACACAAACCGGAGCACUCGGUUCUCGUCAAGCUGCCCAACAAUCAGUCUUGAGCCGAUUUUCAUGUUCUAUGUAUACCAUAUUCAUAGUUGUGUAAGUUGUAAUUUUUGAGUUUUAAUGCAAAAAAGAGGAUCACACUCUUUUUUGGUUAUAUGAAAAAUCUCAAAUCUCAAAUCUAUCUCUGGUUAUGAUAUAUAUGGAAACCAUGCUUUUUGGCACCUUCCAAAACAAUCUUAAACCAACAACAUUUUCCAAUUAUUCCAUCAAAGUUCAUUGAAGUGA